CCGUUCUAGACUAUGUUGCGGGGCACGUAGAUGGAUCAUCUGCUAAGCGCAAGCAGCUACGAAACGAGAUCAAUAGCCUUAUCAUUGCCCGUAAUGUGCCGCUGUUCUUCAUUACGUUUUCGCCUGUUGAAAUCACUCUCUAUGUUUAUAUUAUUGUGGCGAAAGCAUGAUAGCCGACAAUCCGGUCGCCUGUGCUCGUUUCUGCUGCUGCCAGACUCCUACUCGUCGACGCUUCCUGGCAGCCGAACGACUACGAUCGGGGUACGCGAUCAAAUACAUCAUUGAUGCAUCCGACGACGACAACGAGGAGCAUCCGUACCCCUCCUUGAACCAGGGAAUGGACCGCAUGGCUCGAAUCACCGGACCUACCAUAGGCAUCGACCUUAUGCGUAGCCACAAUGAGUCAGCCUUCUACCCACUGUGCUUCUUCUGGUCGACGAUCGUCAUGAACGCGAACUCCGCUGACGCGAUCCGCGAAGAGAAAGUACGAGGGCCGAGGUUUCUCCGUCGACGACAUCCGCAGCGUCUCUUGCACUCGCUGGAGCUGCCCUCACCGACGACGGUUCUUCCCCGAUGGUGGAUGCGUCAACCUCGUUUUCGACAAUGCACGCACCCACAAACUACACGACAUUUUCGUCUCCUGGCGAAUCACGGACUUGCCCUGCGGUAAACCCAGUGCGGCAACGGAACGAGGGCCCGAUGUUGUAACGAAUAAUAUAGUCUUCCUCGCAAAUAAACCUUGCAUAGCCGUCAUUUGGAACCGGCGCUCGUCACCUCUUCGACCAAGUAGUC